CCUCCGGCCGUGGCCGAACUAGCUAUAGGUAGCCUUUUUGCCCUUUCCACGGCCGAUCGAUCGACCCCGGAAGGGAUUCCCUUGACGCAGUACGUACGUACACGAGGAGUACAGCUAGCUCGCAGCGAGCGACGCGAGGCGGGCACCUAGAGCCGCCAACGCACACAGGUCAGUUACGUAUUCCCCUGGCGCCGUUCGUUCAUACAUGUCGUUCCUAGCUCAGCCCCCACCACCGGCCACCCGACCCCCGAUCCUCGCCCUAUAAAUACCCCCCAAAUCCCGCCUCUGCUACUUCAUUCCAUACCAAACCAACCGGCCUGAUACACAGCUAAGCCAGCAGCAGCUACCUGACCGAUCGAUCACCCGUACCCUGCAGCUGCACUGCGUGUGGCUUGUUAAUUAAUUUGCUCGAUGAGCUCCUCCGGUGCGCGCGGCGUCCGCCGGGAGUACGGCAGGACGUACGUGGUGAGGCCAAAGGGCAGGCACCAGGCCACCAUUGUGUGGCUCCACGGCAUCGGCGACAAUGGCUCCAGCUGGUCCCAGCUCCUGGAUAAUCUUCCAUUGCCUAAUAUCAAAUGGAUUUGCCCUACUGCACCAACACGGCCUGUCGCGGCUUUCGGUGGAUUCCCCUGCACUGCAUGGUUUGACGUGGAGGACACCUCGGUAGACGGCCGUGAUGACAUCGAAGGGCUGGACGCUUCAGCCGCGCACGUCGCCAACCUGCUAUCCUCUGAGCCAUCCGAUGUGAGGCUUGGGAUCGGCGGUUUUAGCAUGGGUGCUGCCACUGCCCUCCACUCUGCCGCAUGCUAUGCUCAUGGGAGGUUCACAAACGGUGCUGCGUACCCGAUCUCGCUCAGCGCCGUCAUUGGUUUGAGCGGCUGGCUUCCUUGCUCAAGGACCCUGAGGACCAAGAUGGAGAGCUCCCAGACUGCUAUCAGGAGAGCUGCUGCCUUGCCAAUCCUUCUUAGCCAUGGAAGAGCUGAUGAGGUAGUCACCUAUAGAAACGGUGAGAGGUCGGCUGAGUUCCUGCGAAUGUCAGGUUUCUCGUAUCUGAAUCUCAAAACCUACAAUGGGCUGGGCCAUUAUACUAUCCCUGAAGAAAUGGACGAUGUCUGCAAGUGGCUUAGCGCAAGGCUCGGACUUGAUCGAUCUCGCGGCUAAUUCCAAGAUGUGCAAUGCAGUGCAAUGGCGUUGGUAGCGACACAUGAUGAGAAGAGUAUUGACAAUAUACAGGAGAAGGUUGAUUGGUUUAAUUAUAUAAACUAUUAUAAGUUGACUGUCAUGGCCGGGUUGAUGAUAGCUUGUAACACUAUGCACUAUAAUUCCUCACUACUGGAUUUCAUGUUACGGUUGUAGUUUACUAGUAAGAGCUGUACGACCUUGUUACUAUACAAAAGAGGAGGCAUGUAAUGUAGUAUUGUAUUGCUUUGGUUGACUACACUAAUCAUGACGAUAGUGAGUUCCCUUAAUCAUUAACCCUUGCUUUAAUAUA